ACACCAAGAGAAAAAUUUUUUUUCCAAGAAACGAAAGCGAAAUCAACCUGCAAUUACCAGCAUAAAUCAAUCAAUCGGAAAAGCAGAGGCCACAACGAUCUCUCUCUCCAGUCUCGACUCCCCAGCUACCACCUCCUCUCCUCUCCUCUCUCCUCCAUGAGCUUUGCCUAGAUCACAGCUGGAUUUCUUGGCCGCAUCCUCCUCUUCUUCCAGGUCUCUUCCAGCUAGCUAGCUUGUUCUUCCCUUCCCUUUCUUUUUGCCUUGUGCGCGUGAGGAUCAGUGAGCUGUGCGGCUCUCUUUUCUUGUUCUUGCUGGACUGCUGCUGCCUUAAAAGAUCCUGCCUUUCUUGCUCACUUUCCCCGGAGGAGAGAGAGAGGAGAUCCACAUCUCUGAUGGUUCUUGGGAUCUCCUAGGAGUUGUUUCUACCUGUGCUGCUGCUGCUGAUUUCUUCUUCGAUUUGCUAGCGGCUGUGUGGUCGGAGCUCGUCUUCUUGGUUCGAGAUCUCGACACCUUCUGAGAUGGAUUUUUUCACCGAGUACGGUGAGGGAAACAGGUACAAGAUAGAAGAGGUUAUAGGAAAAGGGAGUUAUGGUGUGGUUUGCUCUGCUUUGGACACUCACACCGGUGAUAAAGUUGCUAUCAAGAAAAUCAAUGACAUCUUUGAGCAUGUGUCCGAUGCAACACGGAUACUUCGCGAGAUCAAGUUGCUUAGACUCCUGCGACAUCCGGAUAUCGUGGAAAUUAAGCAUAUUCUACUUCCUCCAUCAAGGAGAGAAUUCAAGGAUAUCUACGUUGUUUUUGAACUCAUGGAGUCUGAUUUGCACCAAGUUAUAAAGGCCAACGAUGACUUGACUCCUGAACACUACCAGUUUUUCUUGUAUCAGUUGCUCCGAGGACUGAAAUAUAUACACACAGCAAAUGUAUUUCAUCGAGAUCUCAAACCAAAAAAUAUCUUGGCGAAUGCUGAUUGUAAGCUCAAAAUAUGUGAUUUCGGCCUUGCAAGGGUAGCUUUUAGUGAUACUCCAACCGCCAUCUUCUGGACGGAUUAUAUUGCAACAAGGUGGUACCGAGCACCAGAGCUGUGUGGAUCUUUUUUCUCCAAGUAUACACCAGCAAUAGAUAUAUGGAGUAUUGGCUGCAUAUUUGCCGAGCUUUUAACCGGAAAACCUCUUUUCCCUGGGAAGAAUGUGGUUCAUCAACUUGAUAUAAUUACAGAUCUACUAGGAACACCUUCUCCAGAAACAAUAUCUAGGAUUAGAAAUGAGAAGGCAAGACGUUACUUGAACAGUAUGAGGCGGAAAAAACCUAUACCAUUUACACAGAAGUUCCCAAAUGCAGAUCCACUUGCAAUGCGGUUGUUAGAGAGAAUGUUAGCUUUUGAUCCAAAAGAUCGGCCAAGUGCUGAGGAGGCGCUUGCUGAUCCUUAUUUCAAGAACAUAGCCAAUGUUGAUAGAGAGCCUUCUGCUCAACCUAUCACAAAGCUAGAGUUUGAGUUCGAGAGGCGGAGAAUUACUAAGGAAGAUAUAAGGGAACUCAUAUAUAGAGAAAUUCUGGAGUAUCAUCCAAAGAUGCUGAGGGAGUUCCUUGAGGGAACUGAGUCCACUGGUUUCAUGUACCCAAGUGCAGUAGACCAUUUUAAAAAACAGUUUGCAUACCUUGAAGAACAUUAUGCCAAGGGAUCAACAGCAGCUCCACCUGAGAGACAACAUAACUCAUUACCAAGGCCUUGUGUUGUCUAUUCAGAUAACCGGCCACAAAGCACAGCCAGUGUCACUGAGGAUCUUUCCAGGUGUUUAAUCAGAGACAACAAUCUAAAAUCACAGGAUUCUGCUUCAGUCGGUGCAAGCAGAAUCCCUCAAGGUGCUGCUGCAAGACCUGGUAAAGCAGUUGGUUCGGUGCUGCGUUACGGUAACUGUUCGACAUCCGCUGCUGAGCAACAAUAUGAGCAGCGAAGGGUUGUUCGGAACCCAGCAAUUGCUCCAAACAGCAGUGUUCCUCUGGGGAGCUCAUACCCCAGAAGAAACCAGACCUGCAAGAGUGAAACAGGUGAUGUUGAAAGGAUCGAUUCCAGCCAAACCGGUCCACCGAAGCCAUAUGUGGCGAACAAACUGCCUGCUACCGUCGAUGGUCGGAGUGGCCACUGGUAAAUUUCUGCAGCGCACCAGCGAAAACGCUAGUUAUUACCACAGCAUCAGCAUGGGUUUAUUGUUCUAUGUAGUAAAUUCUUAGACAUUUAAAACAUGUCAUUCUGUACAGACUUGUAUUGUUUCUUGGGGGCUUUUCCAUGAUAAAAACAGUAGAAUUGUACUGCAAGCCCUAGUGGAUUAGGCUGCCUGUUUCUUCAUUUCUUCAUAGCUCAACCUCUGAAUGAUCUGGUACACAAACAAGAUCUCAUGGAAUUGGACAUCACAUGAUUCAGUUCGAAGGGGGUAUAGUGGAAACUGGAAGCAACAAGUGGACUGUAACAUUUUCUUGCUGAGAAAACAAGGGACUCUUUACUGACCUGACUGAUGCUGCUAUUCAAUUUAUUUUCCAAGUAAAUCCGAAGAAGGAUCAUGUAAACAGCACAAUGUUGGACAUUGCUUUAGUAUUUCGUUCUCAGGAACAUUGUUCCCUUUGCAGAGCUAGGAGCUGCAACUAUGUACUACUAUCUGACAUUGCUGUAACUUGUAAAACUUAAUUGCAUUUCAAGUAUUUUCCCUCCUUUAGCCUGUAAUUCAGCUCUAGUAUUUGAACUACUAUGUUUCAAA